AGUUGAGUUGAGUUUCAGUUUCACCUUCUCUUAUCCUUGUACUCUUUCUCACAAAUGCUAAAGCUGAGACCCACGUCUUCUCUUCCUCUUUCUCACUUCAAACCCUUCAUCUUUUCUCUAUUUUCUCCAAAAACGAGAACCCUUUUCCCCUCUAAAACCUCAACACUCUUUCUUAAACCCAUUUCAUUCUCUCUUUCAACAUCUGCAGUUUUACCACAAUUACAAACACAACAGAAUAACUCUAAUGUCAGCCUUGAAGCCCACCAUCUCUCUUGCUGUAUGCCCCACCAAAAAGGCCUUAAAAUUGCUGUUCUUGUAAGUGGGGGUGUUGAUAGCAGUGUUGCUCUCAGGCUUCUUCAUGCUGCUGGCCACUCCUGCACUGCGUUUUACCUCAAAAUUUGGUUUCAAGAAGACUUUGAGAACUUUUGGUCAGAAUGCCCUUGGGAAGAAGAUUUGAAGUAUGCAAGAGCUGUUUGUGAUCAGGUUGAUGUACCGUUAGAAGUUGUGCAUUUGACAGAUGAAUAUUGGAAAAAUGUGGUGUCCUACAUUAUUGAAGAAUAUCGAUGUGGCCGAACUCCCAAUCCUGAUGUUCUUUGCAAUACAAGAAUAAAAUUUGGCGCAUUCAUGGAUGCCAUCAACAGUUUGGAAUUUGAUUAUGUUGCUUCUGGGCAUUAUGCAAAUGUUGUCCACUCAGCUGCAGAUCAAAUGGAUGAACUUUCUGUUUUAGAACUAUCAAAAGACAUGGUAAAGGAUCAAACCUACUUCCUUUCACAUCUCUCACAAUCUCAGCUUAAGCAACUUAUCUUCCCACUUGGUUCGAUUCCAAAGGAUGAAGUUCGCAAGCUUGCUACAAGAUUUGAUCUACCUAAUAAAGAUAGAAAGGAUUCACAAGGGAUAUGCUUCCUCGGCAAGAUAAAAUUCAGUGAAUUUGUUGCGAGACAUAUUGGAGAGAUGGAAGGUGUCAUGUUGGAAGCUGAGACGGGAGAUUUCUUGGGGAAACAUCGCGGAUUUUGGUUCUACACUAUCGGUCAACGACAAGGUCUACGUCUCCCUGGAGGACCCUGGUAUGUUGUGGAGAAAGAUGUUAAGAACAACGUAGUGUUUGUGUCAAGAAAUUAUUUCUCAUUUGACAAAAAAAGGCGUUUAUUCCGUGUUGGCUCCUUGAGAUGGUUCAGCGGUUCGCCUCCAGCGGAGAUCAAUCAGCUUCAGUGUAAGGUCAGGCAUGGCCCUGGAUUUUACAAUUGCAGUUUGACAAUAGAACAAAGUGAAGGUGGUCAUGGAGACGUUGCAGUUGUCCAUUUAUCCGAAGAUGAUCAAGGUCUGGCGGCGGGGCAGUUUGCAGCCUUCUACCAGGGAAGAAAAUGCUUAGGCUCUGGUAUAAUUUUAGAGUCCUGGGAUGACCAAGGCUUUCCAGUAUGUGAAAAAGCUCUUGAGAUUGCAAGAAUGGAAGAUAAAUCAACGCUUGGGAAACCAGUUAAGAUUAAGGUGAAACCGGAGACUCCUACGAAGAAGGCGUCCGAUCAUGAAAGUCUCGGAAUUAACGGAAAUGAUUUUGAUGCUCAAAACGUUGUCACUGAGAAACGAAAAGAGGGUUCUGAUUCUGAAGAAGAAUCAAUGGCUAGGUUGCCAAUGAGUUGGCUCCAAAAGCUUAGAGAUAGGUUGCCUAAACUACUGUAGUUUCAAUGGGUUCAGCUUCUUUGAGCUUUAUGAUUUUUGGCACAAUAUUAGUCAACUCUCUCUCUCUCUCUCUCUCUCUC